AUGGGACCAAAAAAGGCGGAUAAGAAAGCUGGUGGGGGAGACGGCGAGAAGGACUAUGACGCGGAAAACAAAAUGCUUCAAAAACGUGUCGAGGUCUUGCAGUAUCGAUUAAGUACUAACUACUUGAUGUAAAAACUACGACUUAUCUACUUGCUCCUGUUCAUUCAACCUGAAUUUACUAAUGUCUAUCAAAGAACUUACUACAAUGAAUGUCGAACUGGAAAGUAGAGGUAGUCCUAGGUAGAGGAAGAUGUAGAUCCGUGGCUUGCAUUUGUUCAGCCAAUAUGUGCAUGUUCUUAUGCAUAUGGUGUUUAUCACUAACACUAUCAUUUCUCCCACAAUGUGGACGGCGAACCACCUCCUAUCCUAUCCGUUCCUAUCCUAUCCUAUCCUAUCCUAUCCUAUCCUAUCCUAUCCUAUCCACAAUAAACAAAUCAGUGGUAACACUAUCCUUUCUCCCACAACAGUGGAACCCUAUCCUAUCCUAUCCUAUCCACAAUAAACAAAUCAGUGGGUGCAUGUUCUUAAUAUGGUUUUUAUCACUAUCCUUUCUCCCACAACAGUGGUGAAAGACGAUUCGAUCUCGCAGUGUAUGAGGGACGAAGAAGCCUAUAAAAAGGCUAUUGAGGAACUGGACACCGGAUUCAACCAGGAGAGCGAUAAGGCACUGCAGAACAGCGGGGAAAUGCAAAAUCAAUAUAGAUUAUGAAGAGCUCAGUAUUUGAUCAUGAAGAAAAACGACAGCGCCGGCGCUUAAUUAGUAGUAGAUACGUUCUUGCCUGACCUUUCUUUUUUCAGUUUUUGUUUUUUCUAGUUAGAUAUGCUCCCUCAACAUUAAUAGUACUUCUGUGGCGAGUACUAGCGGCCUGCUUUGGUGGCUGCUUUUGAUAUAUCUUAGUCAACGAAAUAGUUUCGAGUUGUGGUCCUCUUUGCUCAGUGACUAGUUGUAUCCCAUUUUAGGACAAAAAUCAAGUGUGAUCUUUAUCAGGAGAGUAGAAUUAGAAACACCUCUAAACCGCGAAAUGCAGAACAGCUUUAACGAGAGGAUAGAGGAGUUGCAAGUGCAGGUACUGUUUCUCUUCCUAUUAUUGACCUGCUUAUGCUUUGAAGAUAAGAGACUGUAGAGAUAGUAGUAAAUACUUACACAUCCACAUCAUGAUGUUGUUCUAUAACGAAGAUGUUAUUUUCUCAUUUUCUGGUCUUCAAAACUACUUAAACUUAUUCUUUUGCUGCAACAGGUUCUUGUUCUACUUCUACUAAAUGAGUAACUUCCACCUCCUCUCCGUCAACUCCAGGUAGCACAAUCAAAAGCCGAGAUCGAAGCAGUUAGGGAGGAGAUAGAGAAAACUGCAGUAGACAAAGACGAAAUCAUAGCAGCGAAGGAUGAGGAGAUAAGGUAAGGGGUUCUUAGAAGGUGAAGACGUCUUGGUGCUAAAUUCAGACAUUAAGGUAAGAGGUUCUUAGAAGAUGAAGACGUCUUGGUGCUAAUAAAUUCAUACGUACGUGGAUAAUUGUACUUCUAUGAUAACACAGACUAAGACGUCUUGGUGCUAAAUUCAUACAUUACGUAAGUGGAUAAUUCUUGUACUUCUAUGUAUGAUAACACUAAGUCUAAGAUGACAAUGACCUGUGAUGUAAAGAAUAUCCCGCUGCCACUUGUUCGUCUUCUACCCCUAGAAGAAGAUAUGUCGCAUCAUCUUCUGUCAUUUACUAGUAGUAGUACAGUCUCAUUUUAUACUUACUGGUACUCUUCCAGGUCACUAACCCUGAAGAUGGAGACCAUGGCAUUCGAGUUCGCGGACAUGCUGAAAGAGACGCUAGAUAAGAUGAGCCAGAGAAUCGAAAUUACGCACUCAAGCUGGGACAGAGACCCUACACGACCACCACUCAUGAACCGUUUGAAGGAAUUCAGUCUUACGAGUGACAGCUAGGACAACAAGGGUUCACCAGUGACAGCCAGAAGAGAUGAAGGGGGCUUGUUGCGGUACUGGGUUGUGAUUGAUUCAGUACAUUGAUGUGACGAUCAUGAGUUUGACGAUGUGACUUGCGGGAUUAUGAAGACACAGACGCACAAGCGAAACCGAUUUGACCUACGCUUUCUUGCUCAACAAGAUUCAAAAACUCCCCUAUUCUAGUACUUUGUAGAGAUACAUACAAAUUCAG